AUGCCACUUAAACUCAACCCUUCAGCUUGUACCUGUAAUACAAAAGUUAUGGUCCUAACAAAUAUGUGGACUGAUCUUGAGAUAUCAAUCAGGUUGUUAUUGUGGAAUAGAAAGAAGAGGUUGAAAGUAAUUCAUGUUAUAAUUAGCCUCUUAAUUGAUGAAUGCAAAAAUACGAAGAAGGCAAAUGGUAUGGGUAGACAAAAAAACGAAGGAAUGUAAUCAUGGUGUUUAAGUAAUGGGAAGCAGCUAAAUAAGUAAAUUUAAUUGAAAAACAGAAAAUUUUGA